AGUCUAAAACAUGAGAGUUCCUGAAAAAUGCACACAAUAAUUCGCGUCCGAUUGAACGUCUAGUGCCAAUGUACGAAGAAAUGCUCGGACAAAAGUUUCGCUAGCUGUAGGAAAAUCACGGGAAGACGCACCCAAUUAUUUCUCACCAUUGGAUAUUUCUCUACAUGCAGAAACACGUUCUUCUAAGUACCAUAGUUAUAUGCGUUCCAUCUGCGCAUAUCUGGCAUAAACAAGUCUGUUCUACGCAGGUACAAUAGCGACAAUUGACAUCGAGGUUCUAGAACGUCACAAAUCACUCGAUACGACGUUUACGCAGUGAACGGUCGUGUUUUGUUUACAACGUGCGAAACUUUUUGACUUUUGCAGCGAAUCGAUGAAAAAAACUCGAUAAUAUGCCGAUUGGGUUUUUGUUGAGGAGAGCAUGGCACCUGUACCUGUUCGUGUGCGGUAUGUGUUUGUACUCCGCGGUAAUGAAGGCAGCUGUAGAGAGGCAGAUCAUCCCCCGCGAUAUCAUCGCACGCGAAUUUCUGGAUAAGCUUGAUGUCUAUGACACCAAUAGUGAGCAGUGGAGAAUCUACCCGGUAGCAAAUGAGGAGAUAUUCCUGCGGGCGUACUUACGUCCUGCCAACGAGACCCACUACAGCAGAAUCGUGGGUUGUGAUCUGUACAGAGAUGAACACAGGGACACUAUGGUGAAGAGGCUGACGGCCGGGGGAACACACCCAGGAGGAGUCAACAUGGCCAAUUCAUCCGACUCAUGGCAGUUCUCCUAUUUAUUACAUGCCUGUAAACACGUGAGAUUGCCGAACUUUGACUUCGACGUACCUCCUGUCGAAGAGGAAGCGCCUCCCUACCACCCUAUUACCUGGCUUCAGCUCGCCAGGAAUAUCCGUGACUGGACCAAGGACUACCUUCGCGAGGCUUUCGCUGAAGAUCCGGCAGAUAACUAUACCGGGCCAGGACCCAGACCGUUGAAGUGGUCUGAAUUCUUCCAUGGAGUUUAUAAAAGCGCCAUGGCUUGGAUAUCAAUGGAAGACCAGAACAAAGCGGACGCCGCUAACAUCCCGCCCCGCCCAGCCGGCAAUACUGACCCUGCAGAGACCGAUGCGUCCUUAGUCACGUGGUCUCACGUGAUCUUCUGGUCAUGGUCAGAGACACCGCCUGCCGAAUCACACGAGAUCAUUGACCCUGCCGACCCUGAGCCCACGGGAGGAGUUUGGACUGCAUUUCAGGGUUUAUACCAGUCAGCCAAUACGGACAAGCCUAAGGACAACAUGGAGACAGACCCUGCCGACCCUGAGCCCACGGGAGGAGUUUGGGCUGCACUUCAGGGUUUGUGCACGGACCUGAUGAACCGCCUCCCCUCAUACCGGUCAGCCAAUACGGACAGGUCUGAUGGCAAGGCAGAACACUACACGGAGACAGAUUUUGCCAAUGGUAAGGCCGAGUCGCAAGAAGGUACUUUGGGGACCGCCAGUCACUCCUACUUCUCCCAAGUUACGGAGACCUUCUGGCCGUGGGCAACAAGUGACGAGACACCAGAACCUGAUGUUCAAGAAGACCCUGCCGAGCCCGGAUGGAGCCUGUCCGCCUGGACUGAUCUCAUUCUCCAGACCAAGAAGCUGAUGGCAGCCCAGAUCUGGGCCGACCCGCCUGUGCCUGUGGUGCUCGACGAUCCUCCCUAAUGCCCUCAAGUUCUGCGUACUGAAGCUCUCUCAGUCAUCAACAGCUGAGAUGAUAUAUGGGGCAUCUAUUGAUGAAUUUGGGGGAAGGGAAUAUCUGUAUGUUGUAAUACACGUCCUACAGUUAUUCGGAUACUCACAGAUAUGAAUUUUACAUCACUCAAACCUUUUUCAUGACGCCGAUGGAACAUCAUCUGAUAUACAUGUACCAGUAACGUUAUCGUAAUAUGCAAUUCAGCAUUGACCUGCUGCAAUAGCAUUUUCAAUUAAGGAAGGUUCACUCUAGCAGGAUUUGUAUUGCCUAAAGGAAAACGAUCGUUAUAAUUUUGAUAUGUUCAGAGCGUAGUAUGGCAUUAUCGCAGGUAUUGACACGACAAAGCACUGUUUGAGAACUUCGUAAGGUCAUGUACACUCAACUAACUGCGAUAGUAUGGUUUGGCCAUCCUGAUGACGAUCAGUAGAUGGGAGGUCUAUCUCUAUGCGUUUGUCUGGGUACAAAAGAUGACGCCGAUUACUGUAUUUCAUCGAAUUACAGCAUUCGACUUCUGCGGCCGCACACCAGUGAUAAUCUCUAUUAGCGCUUACUUUGUACUGCCCUCCAUGCACACUGUAGCAAGGCAUCAUGGUAACCUCUCCAUGUAUCAAGAUAUUACUGUUUUCCGGUGGUUGUUCUGACAUAUGUAUACACAUGUUGUUUUAUUUCACUUCAAGACAUUGCUUGGUAGCCCCUUCAACUUUUAAAAGUUGAUCGAGAGGGCCCAGUAUACAUAGAAACGAGUCAUACAACACUAAAGAGAGAAUAGAAAACGGUUGCCAUUCAGUGCAACAAAUCUAACGUUAGUCACAUAAAAUCGGUGUCCAUCUCAAAGUCACAGCCACUCCAAUGUCACAAACAUGUUUUGCUCAGAGUGUAGAAAUAAAAUAUGCUGUUAGAAAUUUGAUGUUGUCAUUUUCUUUAAUUGGAAUUCGAAAUACUAAUAAAGACACCAGAGACCAGAUAACGUUACAUUUAUCAUAGCACUGUUUCAAGCAAAAGUGACGUUGAAUUUAGAGAUCGCUACCUUCCUGUGACUGUGUGGCCCACUUUCUGAUGGCCGGAAUGCGGACAAUCAAAAGACUACCUCUUCUAGAGUUCAACCUCUAGCUACCGAUAGCUACAAGUACUUUUGGUCACUU